GUCGACAUUCGUAAAAUUGUGUCAAAUUUUGGCUGGCCUCGCUGAAUUUUCUAUUUUCUACGGGACGAGUUUUCCUGCAAAAUUCCAAAAUGUCUCUGUGGUCAACGUUGAAUCGCAAUGUAUUCAAACGUACAUCUACUUUUGCGGUUGUUGUAGCAGGCGGAGCUUUCUUCUUCGAAAGAACAUUCGAUUUAGUUUCUGUCUCUAUAUUUGAGAGCAUAAACAAGGGAAAACUGUGGAAGGACAUCAAACACAAGUAUGAACAGUAAAACAACUUAGGAAUGUGAAUCGAAUUAGUUUAAUUUAUUGUUAACAUGAUUAAAAUAUCAUAAACA